CUGUAUUGGAUCGUCAUGAAAGAAAUAAGUUUUGAUUUUUUUCAGUCCAGAGUGGGCAUGAGCUUGAGGAUGAGAUUGAUAUUUCAACCACCCAAAUAGGAAAUUUAGCAGUAAUGGUGAAUUUACAAUACAAGAUUAGAUUUCAACGAUAGUUAAUGAUUGUUUUUAGAACCAUCAAGUGAUCUUGUUUAGGAUAUUUUGAUGCAUCUGUUUGACAGUUGUUCCAUCCCCAUAUCCCAUGUGGAGUAUGUUAUGUGGGUGAAGUUCAAUUCCAAGUGAUAUUAAUGUCUUGUUAUUUCUCUUUUGGGAAUAGUCAAUGCCAUGGUUGAUGUUGUUUGGUCUAACAUUGGCAUCUCAAGGAUAGGUGGAUAUAGUGUUGCAUUGCUCUGAGAAGAAAAUUGAAUUAAUUAAACCAUUUGGACUUACAAAUUAUUUCUUGAACAAGUUGGGGGAGUAAUGGAUGGAAGAAAAAGUAAUUGAGAAAAAAAAGAUGGGUGAAUUCAAAAGUUGUUCUUUAUUGCUUUUGUACAUGUAAUCACAAUGAGUAUCAGAGCGAAAUAGGGUCAUUCAAUUUCUUAGAAAUGUAAUUGUAUAUUGGACAGACAUCAGUGAUUCUAAAGUAUUUGAAUAAUAAACAAUGCCUCUUUGAAUGUAGUCAAUUUAUAAUUAUUGUACCUCUAUUUACAAGUUUGCUUAAAUCAAUAAAUACAAAAAUGGAAUAGGAAACCCGGCAAUAUCAAUUUUUGGCUUAGAUAUUACCUAUGAUUUGUAAAUAUUGUAAUUUUGUAUGAUUUAAUGAAAUGCAGAAAAAAAGUCUGCUCAUCUUAUCAGGGAGAUGAAACUAAAGGAAGUCUCAAGGAUGCACCAAGGUCACUUUAGAGUCUAUCUCUUUUUUGUGUUGCCUAAAAUAUUGUUGAUAUGAAAAUUAUCAGUGAUCUCCAACAUCUUGCAUCAAUGCCAUUGAUCUGUCAUCUGUGUUCAUCCUAGAUUGACCAUCUCAGGGAUUUUGACCAUGUCCAGUCCAGGAUGACCAUGUCUUCUGGGAGGGAUUAAAAAAUCUUUCUCCUUGAUCCUUUCCUGUUAUAAUUUGUCUUUAAAUCUGUGACAUUUGCCCCAAAGCCUAAUAUGUUUUGAGCCAUACAAACAAGCAAAGUCUCCACUCUAACUUUGGCUUGAAUUGAAUGUAGAUUUCAUUAUAAUCCAGAGGGAUAAUAACACAUUUUUGUGUAUUGAGUACUCUUCAGAUAAUUUCAUUUCCAUUAUUCUUGUAUGGAGCAAUCAUGCAUAUGAUGUUCUUGGUGUAAACAAAAAUGAGAGAAAUAUAUUAAUAAUUUUGUUUGUGUCUCUUUUUAUAUUUCAGGAUGAUCUGAAUACUUAUGGAGACCUUGUAUUGGAGGGUAUAAUGCGUAUGCAUGGAGCAAGGGGCGAUCGUUUCAUCUAUCUAUUUGAACGGGCGCUUCUCAUUGGAAAGAAACAUGAGAACACAAAUCUCAUCAGUAUUAAGACUCAAAUCACAUGUGCCAAUUUGAUGCUUAUAGAAAGCGUACCCAAAGAACCUCUCGGCUUCAAUGUGAUUCCUUUUGAUAACUCAGACUUACAGUACACCAUUCUUGCUAAAUCUCAGGAGCAGAAGAAGCAAUGGACCCAUGAAAUAAAGAGACUUAUCCUUGAAAACUACCAGAGCAACAUUCCUACCAAAGUCAAAGAACUUAUCCUCGGUACAAGAGCAGCUAAGAAUGCUAAAGACGAGAUUGAGACGGAAAGCAAAGCAUUACCAUCAUCACCUCAAGAGCCUUCCAUGUCAAGGGACAGGAAAGAACGCAAAUCUCGCAAGAAACACAAACGACGCAACUCUGAACCCAUGGGCAAGCUACAGAGGGGACAAAAACAGGUCAAAGCCGCUGUAGAGAACAUAAUAAUUGGGAUGAAAAGGCCAGAUUUAUCGAAACUGGCAAGCAAGAGAUCAGCAGACAUUCCCCAUGAUGAUGGUACAGAAGAUUCUCUUGAUGAGAUAGAAACCAACAAGACAAGGAAGAGUGAACCAGUUACUCCAGAUGAGAAAGGAGAGAGCAGCUUAGCCCCUCUUGCAAGACCAGAAGAAAUGAGAGAUGAAUAUGGGGCUCACCAAAAUACCAGACAAGACACUUCUCCAUCAUCAUCCAAAAAACUGGUUCUAUCAAAGAGUCUAGGAGACAAGAAGGAAUCUAACAGAGACUCUGGAAUCGGUAGCAUGAAUCUCUCUGAACAUCUUAAGCUUGAUUCUGAGGAUAAGAGCAGCGCUGAUGAGGCCAAGGCUGGAGAUGGUAGGACAGGAAAGAAGAGGGGUGGAGCAGUAAGGAAACGAGAGAAUGGGAUCAAUAGACAAGAUGGUUUGGAUGAUACAGAAGAGGAGGAAGGGGAAGGAGCUAAGGGAAGUGAAGGAGAGAGUCCUGAUGAGUUGGAAGCCUUGGAGCAGCUCUCAGACGAUAAUCAUCUUGAUAGAGAUCCUCUCCUUGACAUAGAGCUAUCUCCCAAGCCAUCUAGAAGAAGCUUGAGCACUAUUCAUGGUCCAGAGCUCUUUAAACUGAGAAGAGUUAAUCUCAAGGAGUACCGUCCACUCAAUGAUAGAUUCAGCAAAGACCAUGAUGAUGUCUGGGUUCCUAUGACAAGCAAAACAUUUGGCAGAAAUCGCUCAUUCUCGCACAUUCCAACGAGACCUCAGAGUGCAGACGUCGCCACCCAUCCACACUUCCAGAAACUUAGACUCUCAAGGACACGCAGUGAUGACAGUUCUCUCCAUACUUGGGCAGAGCUGGCUAAAUGCCGAUCAGAUCCAAAUAUCACAGACCACAAAUCGGAUCUUGGGGAUUCCAUAAAGAGCAAUAAUGGGAAGGAAACUGCUCUUGGCUCAUCUGCAUCUACGUUUGGGACAGGGGAUGGGGACCUUUCUUCUUUGUCAUCUCAUGAAAACCUUACAGACUCCAUCAACAUGGCUUUCCAACAGCUAGGGGCCAAGUAUGCUGCCAAGGCUGAAAGUGAGAGUGGGAACUCUACACCUUGUUAUAAUGAAGAAAAAGUCAGAGACUCUGAAGCUGCAACACGGAAGGAGAAAGUAUCAAUUAUUUUAAAUGAUGAGGAUAUACUGCUCCUGGACAAAGAAGAUACAGAGUCUUCACACAAGGACUUUAGUAAUGAGACAUGUUCAACCAAAGAUGAUGAUGAUGAUACUUCAUUUGAUUCACCAGAAGAGGAGGAGCUCAAUGCUGCAAAGAAGAAGGUGCAGAGGCUGGCUAGAAAAUAUAGUAAAAUGAUCAAACAUCAACAACAGCAGUCUACUAUUGUUGUCACUAGGAAGAACAGUGAGUCUUCAUCUUCAGAAAAUGAUGGGAAGCAGGUUGCUUGGGCCGUUACACACGGUCAGGGUGGAACUGUCAUUAAACGCUUUGAGAUCGACAGCCCUUCUGGUUCCUUGAAAGGAAAUUCUGUCAGCAGGUCGACCACAGAUUCUGAAGAUGAUAGAUCCAGUGGCUCAAGACGUUCCAUUACUCGAGGAGCACAGAACAGGAAAUCUGUCAGAGACUUUGUUCGGAGAUUUGAAGUCACAAAGUCAACUAAACCAGAGCCCAAAGUUGUAACACCUGUUCAGGAUGGAAUCAAGGAAAGACUCAAGAGCUUCCAACAGGAAACUAAGCAACCUAAUAAAUCUCCUCAACACCGAUCAAGUAUGGGAUUCAAGAAGUUGUCAGAGAGGAGAAAGGAACUUGAAGAAUGGGUAGCUAAACCCAAACAGAGGUCUCGUCAUAACUCUGAAGGUAAAGACUCUACUGAUGGUCUUUCAUUCAGCAGCAGUGCUUCAGAUGCUGGUGAUUUAUCAUUCACCUUCAACAGCAGUUAUCAAGGUAGCUAUGCAUCUAGCUUACAUAGCAGCGGACGCAGCUCUCCAUGCAUUGAAGCUCGUAUUGCUAACAUCAAUGCUAUCAAGGAUGGUCUUUUGGAAUCCAUUAGUCGCUUGACCAGCCAUGGGAGUGCCACUGAAGAUGAAGAAGUGACUCCGGCUAUGUUCAAAUCCAUCCGAGAAAGAUUCGAAGAGCUUGAAAAGGCUGCCCACAAACCCAUCCCCAAAACAGUCAGUGAUCCUCAGGAGGAGAUUAAAGGCGGUAGUGUGGUUGAAGGUGAUGAUGAUGAUACUAUUCAAGAUAUUACAGACAUUCACUCUUGUGGAGAAACUGACACAAAUACAACCCUUCCAAAUCUUGAUCUCGAUCUUCCAUUUCCUGAAGUCUUUGACACAUCGUCCAGUGAACUAUCGGCAAUGGGUUUGAAAUCUUCAGAAUCUCUCAAUACCCGUCUUGAUGCGCUCGAUAUAUCUAGUGACAAUUCUGCAUCAGAUGCCAAGCAGUUCUCAUCAUCCUCCGACCUUCUCUUUCCAGAGAUUGAAAAGUUGGAAAGUGGACCACCUGUUUCAGAGACAGCCUCUACCAAGCCUGUCAGCAAUGUAGAGAUCACUACGGCCAAGCUAUCAGAUUCAUGUCAUCAGGUAAGCUUGGAGAUUUCCCUGACAUCCAAGAAGAGAGAGUCUGCUCAUCCAACCACCCUGGAUGUUCUUUCACUCUAUGAAGGACUGUCAGAAGAGGAACAGAAGAUGUUGUCUCCAGAGCCCGCCCUCAACAGGUCAGAGUCUUCCGAGAGCAGCUACAAAGAUGCCAUCUCUGUCAGUCUGACUUCUCCUACUUCUGAGGAUUAUGUCACCGCACCGGAGGAGCACUAAGAAUUAAUAAGUGUGCAUACUAUAUAAACCAUCAUUUAGCAGUGUUGCAAUGCCUUUCACGAUUCAAUUCCUAACCAUGUUAUUUCAAAUCUUUCAUUUUUUGACAACUUGUUCUUUCACUGGGUGACCAUUUGACAAAUUCAAAUACAAUACUAAAAUUGCCAAAGGGAUUUGGGUUUAUUUUCAUAUAAAACCAGUGCUUCAAGAGAAGCAAGAAUCAUUUUGUAUUCAUUUUUUAUCACAUAAUCAGUGCCUUGAUUUUGCACAAGUUAAUUUUCUAUUCUUUUCAUUGUUUUACUUGAGAUGAUUACUGCUCGUGUUCAUUACAUCAGUGAAAAGGUAAUGUUAGUUUGAAAAAAAAAAUUCUUUAUAAUGUAGGGAAUGAUACUUUUUUUUUUAUAAAAUGUUAAAAUAAUUUGAUUCACUUUGCUGUCAAAGUGUCAUCUAUCGUCAGUUCAUUAUCCUCUUUUUAUAAAUGAAAAUCAGAGCAAGUAUUAUAAACAAGAACCUUUCUGUAUUGGUAUUUCUAUUUUGCUAUUCCAUAAUGAUAUUUUCUUCUGUUUCAUUUUUUUGAAAUAUCAAGGUUUUUCAUAGCUGACCGACAUAGUUAUCACAAAACGUUAAAAUUCAAUUUUAUGGAGUGACCUUACCAAUAUCCCUAUCAUUGAUGGACCUGUCUUCUGGUUCCUGUAGGAUGAAAAAUAUCUAUAGUUUCAUCCUGUCAAAGUUAUUAGCAUCAUUCAUGUUUCAGAGAAAGAACAGAUUCUAGUCUGUUCUAUCGUUUGAAUGUUUUUGGCCUUGACGCCGCCUAAUCGCAUCAUGAAACGGUCAUGUGAUAGCCAUGUGACUGACUUGAUCAAUUAGGAGGAAGUCAUAAGGUCCGGAUUGUUCAAGCAAAGAUUAGAUCGUUUGCUUGCUUAUAGUAUAUGUCUGAUAGAAAUUUCAUUCUGUUAGAUAUUAUUCUUCAUUUUUACAGAACUAUUCAAAAUUUCUUUUGCUUUUCAAAAAUGCAAAAUGCAUUCUUAUACUUUUUCUUCAUAACCAAUUUUCAUAGAAAUCAUGAACAGGCUUUGAUCUUUCUAAUCAUCUCAUUUUGUCAUUUCCAAAUCAUGAAUUAUAUUAUCUGCAAGUCAGUGUUAUAAUUUACUGAUGACUCUUCUUUAUUUAUGAUAGUUUCAUACUGAGAACAAUUGAAAGCCAAAGCCUUAAGAUAAAUUAUGACAGUAUUGCUUCAUGCAAAGUGCCUUUCAGCUAUUGUAAACAUUUCUCAUAUGAGCAAUCAACAAUCACCCACUCAAGUUUACCGUAUAAUCAUGUUUGCUGAUUUGAACAACACGAGUACAUGCUUAUUUUGUUUACAUGACAAUGGAUGAUAAUUAGUCCCCCAUUUACAUCAAAGAAGACAAUGUGCGUAUUACCUAUCCCAAUGAUAUGUAUGGUAAAGUAAAUGUCUUCUUUAUAAUAUAUGAUAUUGUUUCUAAAUGCAGAAUGCUAGAAAAUAUGUUGUUUUCUGUUUCAUUGGAUAUCCAUUGUAAUUUUGUUUAGGGUUUUUUUGGCAGACAUUGAACAAAACAAUGUUCUGUAAAUCAAGGAUGCACACAUAUUUAUCUUCAAGAAACAUGAGAUCCAAGCUUAUAACUUUUGGUUAUAAGUUGCAUAGAUCUUACUUUGGUUCCACCGGAGUAAUUAACAAAACUAGAAUGAUGAACAAAUCUUGUUAAGUGAUGUCCUUAGCUACAUUGUAGUAGUAUUGGUUUAUUUUGUCUUGCUAAAGUGUUUUUAGCUUAAAGGCAUGCGUGUUGUGUAUAUUGUCUUAGAAAUAUUUAAUAUAUAUAGAUGGUAUGUGUAUUCAGGCUUAACUAUGUAUGCUCUGAAGCUUUGUAUAAUACUUAAUCAAGGAUUUGGCAUGUAUAUUCAUCUAAAUGUAGUUAUGCUAUUUGUGUACAUUUCUACUGUACCCAUCAUGGUCAUUGUAUAUUUCAUGUAGAUUGCUUUUGUGAAGUCUGAGGGUGGUCGUGUAUCAAACUAUAAAGAGUUCUGUCAAAGCACCUUUACUUCUUUCUACUUUUCUUGCCAAAUAGAUUGAUAAAGAAUCUCAGAAUUUAUUAAUACAAAGAAAGUACCUUCUGAUUCAGAUUUACUGUAAUGUAGUGUGGAUAUUUUCUAUCUUAAUAAAACUAUUAAAAAUAUCAUUCCUGAUCUAUGUUCAUAGUGUACAUUGCAUGAUAUAAUAGGAAGACCAGCCAAUUGUACUUCAGUAGCAAAGGCAGCUAUUUUUUCACAUUUUGUACAAGCUAUGAAGUAGUAAAUAUGAGGAAUGAUGUGUGUUAAAUUAAUUAUCAAAUUUCAAUUGUGAUUUAAUGUUAGUAAGUAAUGUGAUCUUUAUAUUUAUGAACUAUUAUUAGCAAUAUUCAUUUUGCUCAUCUACGCAGGAGGGGGGGGGGUUACAGAAAACAUUUAGAGUAAGGAACAAAGUAACCCAGCACUGUCACAUGGGCUAUUUGUAUUUUUGAAAUUGAAUUCUGAAGAUCUGUUGUACAAUUUGGGUGGAUUUAGGGGAAAUUAUCAGUGUUAAAAGUAUUGGUACUUGGUAAAUUGUAACAGUUUAAACUUCUGACUAGUCGAUUAAAGAAUUUGAAAAUAACAAUGACUAUUUUCACAGAUCAAUUUCACUUUCAUUUUGUCAAAUUGAGUAGACUUUGAAUGAUGAAUUUCUUUUUCACUGAAAACGUUAACAUUUUAUGUGUAAAAACUAAAAUAAGGUGCUAUGAGUCUUUCCACUCCAAAGUUCUUCUAAAAUGUCAAUAGGGAGAUUUUUGUAUCCAUAUUUGACACAUAAGUUAGUGGUGCUAUUGCUACUGAGGACCUCUGUUCUGAGAAAUAUCAAAUGUCAGCAUUUAAAUCCAUGCAACACAAUAUGAAUUAGUUUGCACUUUCAAUCAUAUGAAUUUUUUACAAAAGACAUAAAAUACUGUUACCAGGUAAUUUGAUUUUGAAGAAAAAAAUGAAUUACACAUGUAUUUGAAUAGCAUAUUCUGCUUUCCUCAAGUAAAAGAUAUCAAGUGACUUAUUUUAUCUAUUUUCUGGAUUUAUUUUUUUAUUUAAGAACAUGAAUGGACAUGUACAACUCAUUUUGAUGUGUAAAAAAGCCAAUGCAUUUUGUAUGAACUGUUCAUACGCACUAUUUACGAGAAAUUAUAAUUUACAUGGUUUUACAGCACUGAGAAAAUCCCUUGACUUAAAUGAAAAUCUGUUUUACAACUUAUAAUACUUCAAGAGAUCUUUUGUUUAUGAUCAUGUUGGUUCGCAAAGAUGCAUUUGAUGUAAUAAUUUGGUUUAGUUCGCUACACAGAACGGUAAUAAUUUUAUAACCGCUCCGUACUUAAUAUUCCUUCUUUGAGCCAGAUAAUUAUUUUAAUCCUCUACAUUGUUGAAUGUAAACUCAUUAUUCUUGUUAAUCUGGUAUUAGUUCAUGCACUUAAAGCUUUCAGUUCAUCAAGUAUGUGUACUUAAAAGUAAUGAAAUAAAUCAUGUCAUCUCAGUAAAAAUCAUCUAUCUGAUUGUUUAUGAAUAAGACUACAAAUAUUAAAAAUUGUAUUUCAUUUGCUUACAAUGUGGCUGUAUGAGUUGUAUUUAUUCAUUUGAAAGCUAAGCAAUGUUAUGGUUUGUAUGAUUUGUAAGAGGUAUGUCUAUUAUGUCUUUUCAUAUCCCUUGCUUGACGUCGCUACCUCUACCUUCAGGUAGUGAAAUUUACCAUCAUACAAUAAAAACCAGGCGUCCAGAUUGGUAACAAAAA